AUGUCAUUAAUCAUUCGUAAUAUUUCCAGUCUAAGAGAAGAAUGGAAAUAAUUAGCUAAAAAGAAGAUAAAGAAAAAUAAAAGGAAGAAUUAAUAUACAUUACCUUAUUCUUUUGAUAACUCUAAAAACAAUAACACUAAUAAAACUGAUUAUCUUCUCAUAGUUAAGAAUAUUCCAAAUACAAUACCUAAUAAUAAUGUUUUUAGACUAAAAACAAAUAUUUAGUUCUCUAUGAGCAUCAAUAAAGAGUAUUCAAUGGGUUCACUCUCUAUUGAUCCUCAUUCAAAUAAUUAUAAAGUUGUCAGAACUGAUAAAAGAAAAAACCUUACAAUUCUAACAUUAGAUUAGAUAAAUAGACCUAUAACACCAUCUGAUGUGUUAUUUUAAAUAUUUAAAAGUAGAAAUGAAUUAUUAGCAGAAGCAUUUUAGAUGUUUGAUUAAAGAAAUCUUGAUCCUUCUAAAUUUAAAUUAAAUAAAAUCUAAGAAAUGAUUGAAUUUGAGUCAACUAUCACAAAUUUUCCAUAUGCAUGUUAUGUAUAAAUAUAUGAAAAUGGUAUGUGGAGAACAUUUUAAAAGAUAUUUAAUCAGAAAAUGCUCUAAGUACUAGCUAUUUCUGAAGAAAUGCUUAUAAAUUACUGUAAUGAAACAAAAUUAAUUCCAAUAAGUGCUUUUUUUGAUCCAUCAGACCAACAACUCUAGGUAUUUUAUAAAAUCUUCUCUGGGAUUGUAGUAUAAAAUGCAUCUAAAAGAGAUUACAUAAAUUAUAAUGGGGAAAGAUUCACAGCUGCUUUGAAAAUAAAGAGUUUUUUUAUUAUGGAUGAAGAUAAGGGUUAAUUAUUUGAAUAUACAUAUUGCAUAACUGAUUGUGAAGAUAGAUGGAUUUCUGAGGAAAGAGUUAGAAUGAAUGAAUUAGAGUAUUUUAAUAUCAAGCCUUGUAAUUCUUCAACAGAUGAAUCAUCAUAUGUAGAAUAAUAAAAAAGAUGUGGAUUUAAAUAACUCAAAUGA